AUGGAUUUAGCAAAGUGCGGUAGCCGCUCUAUUUCUCUCUCUAUUACUCACGAUUCAAGUGCUGCUCUAUGUCUCUUUUUCUCUCUCAAGGAAAGCAUUUCCUUGCUACCGCCCCUGUGCAUUCCCCAAAUCACCAUUGCUCCUAAUUUUCAUAUAGAGGAAUUCUUCUUUCUCUCACUACAAUGGUUCCUUUUUCUCUUCUACAUCGAUAUCUACACAAAAAUUCCCACGUCUCUUCAAAGAUGGUUGGAAGAAACAGAUAAUGAGGAGUCAAUCAUUGUAUGUGCAUCUGAGUUCUUUCCAUCUCAAAAGUCUUCUCAAUAUCCUGCCCUAACAUCAAACAUCGCUGCUGAUUUCAUUGUUGAAGAACUCAAAAUACAUCAACAUACUGUUCCAUCAAGGUAUAGCUUUCAAUUUCUUUUCUAUAAGCCAUCCCCCGCCUUGCAUCCUUCUUCAUCAUCAACGAUUCUCCAACUGCUAAAAUUGUAUUUGUGCAUAUUUGAUUUGAGACUUAUAUUUAAUUUAAAGGAUUUUUUUCAACUUGGUAGGCCCUUCAAGCUCUUUCCAUACAAUAUGGGGUAUUCCAGUCAAUUUAGAAAGAGAAGCGAGCAUGAUGGCUUAAACCCGUUCUACGCCACCUGCAACCACCUCCUCCAGUUAAUGACACCAAUCCAUACAAUGUAUUUAGACCAAGGGAGAAAGCUCACAGACUUCAUACAAGAAGGAUGCAAAGAAGAGAAAACAAUGUCCAAUCAUUUGAAAAGCUUCACCAGAUCAUCUUUUUCACCCAUAUAUGGUCUCAUCCUACUUCUUAAUCUUACAUUUUAUUUGUCAAUCAGUGCGCCGUGGGUCAAUAGGAAAAAAAUAUUGGCCAACAAAGCAAAUGGUGGUCUUGUAGUUGGGAGUAUUUUCUCUUUCAAUAUGGUGCUUUUGUUCAAAUAG